CUGUUUAGUGCUUUUGACUACUAGUCUCUUUGGCGUUGUCGUUUGCUCAACAUAACCUUAACUUCAAUUUCAAGUAUAUUCCAUCCACUUUACUAGAUAUAGUGUUAUUACAGUAAAUAUGUCUAUUGAAAUUGAGUCAGCCGACGUUAUACGAUUGAUUCAGCAAUAUUUGAAGGAAUCAAAUCUUGUAAAAACUCUACAAACUCUUCAGGAGGAAACUGGUGUGUCUUUGAAUACUGUUGAUAGCGUUGAUGGGUUUGUAGCUGAUAUAAAUAAUGGACAUUGGGAUACCGUUCUUAAAGCUAUACAGUCCCUUAAGUUACCUGAUAAGAAACUUAUUGAUUUAUAUGAGCAGGUGGUAUUAGAAUUGAUAGAGUUACGAGAGUUGGGAGCUGCAAGAUCAUUAUUGAGACAGACUGAUCCUAUGAUUAUGAUGAAACAACAAGAACCUGAACGUUAUAUACAUCUAGAAAACUUGCUUGCACGUUCUUACUUUGAUCCACGUGAAGCAUACCCUGAUGGUAGUACAAAGGAAAAACGACGAGCGCACAUUGCAACUGCUCUGGCAGGAGAAGUAUCGGUUGUACCAUCCAGCAGGUUACUCGCUCUCUUAGGACAAGCAUUAAAAUGGCAACAACAUCAAGGUUUAUUACCCCCAGGAACUACUAUAGAUUUGUUUAGAGGAAAGGCUGCUGUAAGAGACCAAGAAGAUGAAAAAUAUCCGACUCAGUUAUCAAAGCAAAUUAAAUUUGGACAAAAGGCACACGUAGAAUGUGCUCGCUUCUCACCGGAUGGCCAGUAUCUUGUCACUGGCUCAGUUGACGGCUUUAUAGAAGUGUGGAACUUUACAACAGGAAAAAUAAGAAAAGAUUUGAAGUAUCAAGCACAAGAUAAUUUUAUGAUGAUGGAGCAAGCUGUCUUGUCAAUGGCUUUUAGCCGUGACAGUGAAAUGUUAGCUGGCGGUGGUCAGGACGGAAAAAUUAAAGUUUGGCGAGUCCAAAAUGGACAGUGUCUACGCAGAUUUGAAAAAGCACAUUCCAAAGGUGUGACGUGCAUCCAAUUCAGUCGAGAUAACAGUCAAAUUUUGUCAGCCUCUUUUGACACGACAAUUAGAAUACACGGAUUAAAGUCUGGUAAAACUCUAAAAGAAUUCCGUGGACAUACGUCUUUUGUAAACGAAGUAGUAUUUGCACCCGAUGGCCAUAAUAUAAUAAGUGCAUCUUCUGAUGGAACAGUGAAAGUUUGGAGUUUGAAAACAACAGAAUGCAUAGGCACAUAUAAGUCAUUAGGAGCAGCUGAUCUCACUGUGAACAGUGUACAUUCAUUACCACGUAAUCCUGAACACUUUGUCGUUUGUAAUCGUUCAAAUACAGUGGUCAUUAUGAACAUGCAAGGUCAAAUCGUGCGGUCGUUCUCAAGUGGUAAACGAGAAGGUGGUGAUUUCGUUUGUACUGUCGUGAGUCCUCGUGGCGAAUUUAUUUACUGUGUUGGCGAGGAUUUAGUACUUUAUUGCUUUUCCACAUCAUCAGGAAAACUUGAAAGAACUCUCAACAUUCACGAAAAAGACGUUAUUGGAUUGGCCCAUCAUCCCCACCAGAAUUUAUUGUGUUCAUACAGUGAAGAUGGUCUUCUAAAAUUGUGGAAACCUUAAUAACCUCUUAACUACUGCAAAUUGGAUAAACUAUAUAAGGCUUUUUUAUUAAAACUUGUAACGACCUACUCUAUCCCUAAACUCUUAACAUACUUAGGGAAAUCUGAAAGGACUAUAUUAAUAUACUAUCUUCCUAAAUCCAAAAUUAUAUCCACACGACAACAUAACAAAUUUUACUACUUCGUUCAUUAUUCAUAAAAUAUUAAGUAUCGCAUAAGUCUGUAUUGUGUAAAUAUACAAAAGUAGUACAAUAUUUGUACGACACUUAUAAAUUA